AUGUGGGAACUUGUGGGUCUCCUGCUGCUCAUCAUAGCCUAUUUCUUUUGGCCCAAGUCAAAGACACCUGGUACCAAGUUCCCCAAGAGCCUCCCAUUCUUGCCCCUGGUGGGCAGCCUGCCGUUUCUCCCCAGACGUGGUCACCCGCAUGUCAACUUCUUCAAGCUGCAGGAAAAAUAUGGUCCCAUCUUUUCUUUUCGCCUGGGAACCACAACUACAGUGAUCAUUGGCCACUAUCAGCUGGCCAGGGAAGUGCUAGUCAAGAAGGGAAAAGAAUUCUCCGGUCGGCCCCAAAUGGUGACUCUAGGCCUCUUGUCGGACCAAGGAAAAGGCAUCGCCUUUGCGGAUUCUGGUAGGCACUGGCAGCUGCACCGGAAGCUAGCACUCAGCACCUUUGGCCUGUUCAGGGAUGGUGACCAGAAGCUGGAGAAUAUCAUAUGUCGGGAAGCCAGCUCACUGUGUGACAGGUUGCUCGCACACAAUGAGGAGUCCAUCGACCUGUCCCUGCCUAUCUUCAUGUCAGUCAUCAACAUCAUCUGUUCCCUCUGCUUCAGCAUCUCUUAUGAGCACAGUAAUCCAAAGUUGAGCGCCAUAAAGGCCUUUACAGAGGGCAUCCUGAAUAGCUUGGGCAACGAGAAUCUGGCGGACAUUUUCCCUUGGUUGCAGAUUUUUCCCAAUAAAGCCUUGGAAGUGAUAAAGAGACAGGUAAAAAUUCGAGAUGAAAUACUGACUGAAAUAUUGGAAAACUGCAAGGAGAAAUUCAACAGUGACUCUGUCUCUAACCUGACUGACAUUCUGAUCCAAGCGAAGAUGAAUGCAGACAAUAAUAACACCAGUGAAGCCCAGGGCUCAAACAUGUUCUCAGAUGAGCACAUCCUCGCCACGGUGGCAGACAUCUUCGGGGCAGGUAUAGAGACCACCGUCUCUGUGCUGAGCUGGAUCGUGGCUUUCCUCUUGCACCACCCUGAGGUGAAGAAGAAGAUCCAGAUGGAGAUUGAUCAGAAUAUAGGUUUCAGCCGCACACCGACUUUCAGCGACCGGACGUGCCUCCUCAUGCUGGAGGCCACAAUCCGAGAAGUGCUUCGAAUCAGGCCGGUGGCUCCCAUGCUCAUCCCCCACAGGGCUACUGCUGACUGUCGCAUUGGAGAGUUUACCAUCCCCAAGGACACAAACGUGGUCAUCAAUCUGUGGGCGCUGCAUCACAGUGAGGAGGAAUGGGACCAGCCAGAUCAGUUCAUGCCUGAGCGCUUCUUAGAUCCAAAGGGAAGCCAUCUCAUUACACCCACCUUAAGCUACCUGCCCUUCGGAGCUGGUCCCCGCUCCUGUGUCGGAGAGGUGCUGGCUCGUCAGGAGCUCUUCCUCUUCAUGGCCUGGCUGCUGCAGAGGUUUGACCUGGGUGUGUCAGACGAUGGGAAGCUGCCCUGUCUGAAGGGUGACCCCAAGGUGGUCUUUCUGAUCGACCAUUUCAAAGUGAAGAUCACAGUGCGCCAGGAAUGGAAGAACGCCCAGGCUGAGGCUAGCACCUAGCUGUGCUAGCACCAUAACUCGGACCCAGAGCCACACAGCAGAACAGCGAAGUGCCACGGCCACUGCUCUCUUCAUUCUUCUCCCUCCUGUCCCAUUUUCUAGUUUGCAGCAAUAAAGGGUGGUAACACAUAAAUAUUUUCCAGUAAAAGUCUCAGAGUUGCCUAUUAUUUACUUACUUGCUUCCUUCCCCAA